AUAGCCUGAGGCAUAUCUCCGGUUUGAGUGACAGUAUAUAUUGUCUGCACCUACACAUAUUGCCUGUCAGUGAACAGUCUUCAGACUACACCUAUUACUGGACUCGUACACACAGACUGUCUCAAAUAUAUAUUGUCCUUAUCAUGAAGACCAUCCAGAGAACCAUUUACUUACUAUUUGCUGUAACUUUCUAUUGUAUACACCAGUCUUAUUCACUUCCGGCAUAUAAACAAAGUUCGAACCACCUCAAGAAAAUAUGCAAAGCAAAUUGUCGUGCUCAGUCAUGUUUCAUACCAUAUCCUGAGGAAUGCCACCACUACGUACAAUGCUACAAAUCUGCUGCGGAACAAGAAUACUCAGGAGCGUAUUUGAGGUCUUGUCCUCUCGGCCUAGUAUGGGAUGCGUCUGCGUUGACAUGUCUUAGACUAGAAAGGAGUACUACAACAUGUCUAGAUAAGUGUUCAAAAGAUGAGACUCUGACGUCAUACAGGCACGGAUCUUUUUGUUCCCAAUAUUAUGCGUGUGCAAAUGGAACUUCGGAGCCGAAGUGUUGCAGACGCGGGGAGGCUUUUGCUGACGGACAAUGCGUCCCAAGUACAGCCUGUAAUUGGGAAUGUCCAGCAGCGUAUGCACCUAUUGAAACAACAACUGCCUCUAGUGAAAAUAUAACCACUUCUCUAGCUCCUGAAACUACUACAGUGUGCACAAAAAACGCUGUCUCUAGUAAACCACAGGAUUACAUGGAGAAUGGUAUAACUUUGGUUUGCGCCGAUGGAACACGUUUUGACGAGAGUGAGUGUCAAUGCGUUUUCGAUCCAUCCUUCACCCCUUCCACGGAAUGCUUUCCAGAAAUGGUAAUAAAUUACGACGCCGAUAAAGAAUCCAGGUUUGACGUCAAGCACGAUACUGAUGUUCGAAAGGUCAGAGGGGGAGGAAAAUUCAGCUCCAAAGACAAGUCAUCAACUAAAGUGGAUCAUUAUAAUGGAAAUGGUAAUCUUUUGAAACAUUUCAACAUGACACUCAUCUUUAAGUCUGAGAGCACGGGGAAUAGUAAACAGUUCCUGAUCACGAAUUGCCGUGCUACAGAAACGGACCAACCGAGUAUAGGAAUAAUGGUCAGUAACAUCAACGGAAUGCUCCUCUUCGUAGCAGACGACAACGCCACAGCUCCUUCAAGCAUCAAAAUGAAACUCAAAUUCAAGAAAGGAUCCUGGAACUGGGUGCGGUAUAUUUUUGACGGCCGUACCUUGCAGGCUAUGGUAGUUCCUUUACCAGAUCAUCUGGCAGAUCCUUCUACUGUCACAGAGUUCUACUCGAAUAACGUCACGUUAGCCGCUCCAAGCGAAGACCCAGUGAUGUUAUUAUCCAGCCAGAAUCCUCUUACAAUUGGUUAUUGUAAUGGUCAUGGAUAUGACGGCCUUGUGUAUAGGGCUGACCUCGCUCCGUGGGUAUGCAGCAUGUACAUGGACAGUUUAAGUGGUCUAUAACUGGACAUAGCACAUCGUUAACCGACCUAUUACGACAUAAAUUAUGAUAAUUAGUAUAUUUACAUUUUUAAUUGUGUAUUAAAACUUCAGCAAAUUCUACACAAAUGGGUUUCAUGAUCAAUUGUUCCCCAAUAUGGUAUUGAUGCAUUGCUACAAAUAACUUCGAGAUAACGAAGUUCAUGCAUAUUACGAAUUACGAAUCGAAAUCGAUGUGACUGGAAUGUGUAAGAAAAAAUGAGAUUGAUGGAGGGAAACAUUCUAUUUUAGUUCAUACUAGUAUAUAAUUAUGGAAAUUCACGGUAACAUACUAAAGCAUGAAGUCAAAUGUUCAAUGAAAUAUUUUUCUUUCUCUGUUUUAGCAAAAGAAGUAAAAUUAAAACUAUUGCCAUGCAUAGCAUAGUGAAUUUGAUAUAAAAACAAAUUCACUUUGGCACUGUUUUCAGAAUUAAAAUGCAUGUGGAUAAAUUUUGUUCAUAAACCAUGAAAUUUUAGCUUACAAAAAUAGCUUUACAGUAUCAUAUGUUUUAGUUAAAUUUUGAUAUAAAUAUUUUGUUGGAAUAAUUUGUAAAAAGACCCCAUCUCUAAUCAAAAAUGAUUUUAACGAGGGCUAUGUACUUGUAUAUGCAAUUUAAGUCGAUACUCACAACACUCAGUUUCAUAAGCGAAAGAAAUGUAUUUAUAAACAUUUCCGAUACGAGACUCUCGGGGGGGUCUUUAUUUUAACGUAUGGAACGUAUCUAUUAAACGGUCCAAAACCUUCUUUUCAGUUCGUCUGUAUGAAUAUAAAGAAAUAACAUUUAAAUGUAAGGAAAACUACCUUUCAGUGUCUAUAUGAAGUAGAAAAGUAGUGGGACUCUUCUUGCAAAGGUGAUUUAAUCUCCAUUGCGAAAAUAAAUGUUCGCAAAAAUCAAAUAUUUACUGCAAAAAUUCUCUGCGACGGUUUUAUCAUUUUAAUGUUUGAAUAUUAAUAUGCUUCUCAUGAACGUUUCAUCAGCAAAGGUGAAACAACUACAUAAGCCAUUAAUUAAUUUUCUAGGAGCGUGAUCAGAUUUAUGUCAAUUAUUGCUGAAAUUAGCGAUGCGAUAUUAUGUUAGUAAUGAUAUACAACAUUUUUUUGAUGACAUGAAGAUUCUGAAUGAGUUACAAUUUUAAUUUUUAUACUUCUUUAUAAAUUCAAUUACUUGAUAUGUAAAUGCUAUAAGAUUAAGUCUCAACUUGUUAUGUAUUUGUUUUGAUGAUAUAUGCAUUGUUUGCGUAAGACACAACAAUGAUGACAUGAACUGAUUGUUAUGACGUAAUAAUCAGCAAGACGUCAUGAAUUUACAUGUUUGCUAUGUUUUCAAUAUUCGCGAGAAUAAUUUGAACAUUAGUUCGCGUUUCUUCACUCAGAGUAUAUGUCUUACAUUGUAUAUAAAUGAUUGUUCGCGAAACACUUGAAUUCACCAUCAGUAGGUAGCAAAUUAAAAACAAAAUGAGAAUUUGUACAUUUUUCCUCUAUUUAAGAAAACGUCGUAUAUGUGUGAUGUACUAGAAACUAUCUGCACUUAUGUUAUCUGUGAAUUAUGUCAGAAGAAGUUUUUGUUCGUAUGUAAUAUAGAUUGUGCCAAUAAAGUCCCUUUUGUUCACAAAUA